ACUUUGACUCUUAAGAUAAAGAUUUCAUAAUAUUUUUUAUUUUACAAAAAAAUUGUACCUGUUUUAAAAAAAUGUACCAGUGUUUCUUAGAGAACAAAUUAUUUAACUAAAAUAAGUGGUCAUGAGGGUGUUAAAAACAUCAAAAGUAUUUUUAUUAAUCAGUGCAAUUGCUAUACAUGAAAGUAUAGCAAAACGUUAUGAAGAUGAUGGGACUAUAGUGCAACUUAAGGAAGGAAGAAUUCAUGGACAUAUCCUUAAAAGUGAGAAGGGUAACGACUAUUUUGCUUUCCAAGAAAUCCCGUAUGCUGCACCGCCUGUAGGAAAAAACAGAUUUCAACUAGCCAAACCACCGAAGCCUUGGACAGAUAUUCUCAAUACCACUAGAAAUACAAAAAUUUGCUAUCAAGCCCCAUCACCAUUUAGCAACCUUAAACUAAGUGAAGAUUGUUUAUAUAUCAACGUUUACUCGCCACAAAAGCCUGGUAGCAACAACCUUCUUCCUGUUUUGUUAUGGAUUCAUGGAGGAACAUUUACUUAUGAAGCCGGAACAAUCGAGUACUUUGGACCAAAAUAUAUAAUGGAUGCUGGCGUUGUAGUUGUAACCUUUAACUACAGACUGGGACCUUUUGGCUUUGUUGGGACUAACGACGGAGUUAUUCCUCUGAAUAUUGGACUUAAAGACCAAAGGUUGGCCAUGGAAUGGGUGAAUAAAAAUAUUAAUUUGUUUGGUGGAAAUCCCGAUCAUGUGACUAUAGCUGGUGAGAGUUCAGGAUCAUUAUCUGUUGGCUAUCAUCUUAUAGGACCAUGGGAAAACGGCAAACAACUGUUUCAUGCUGCAAUAAUGCAAAGUGGAAGUAUACUUAGUGGUUUACUUACACAGGAUGAUGAAACCAACACAGCCUUAGCACUUGGUAGAAUUGUGAACCCUCAGUUUACAACUAACGACACGAAGGAGUUACUAAAUGUGCUGCAGAAUGCAGAAGCCGACGAUAUUCAAAAGGCGGGAAUCAAAAUAGGAGUGUCUACAGAACCAGAAGGACCAUUCUCCUAUGGCGGUUAUGCAGCAUUUUUAUCAGGAAAUUAUAAAAAGGUACCUGUACUAACUGGAUUUACUUCAGAAGAAGGAGGAGGUGCUGCUUUCGUAAAAAAUGAAGGCAUACUACAAUUGUUGGAUUCAGACCCAAGCCAACUGAUUAAUAGCAAAAUAAAUAUGUCCCCUGAAGCUAGAGCAAUUGCUGGAAAUUUGAGAAAACAACUAUACACACAUAAUUCUAGUUUUGUGGAAGAUUUCGGCGCUUUUAUAAGGCAUUUAAGUGACGCGUUCUGUAUCUAUGGAAUAUGCAAACAAGUAGAAUUGGCAUCUGCCAAUGUCACGAACUACUUAUACCGAUUUUCCUAUAAAGGAGAAUUAGGAGGAGCAAUGGAUGUGCUGCCAUUUUUGCCACCAGAUGUAGAUACAGUUUCGCAUGGUGAAGAUAAUCUGUAUUUAUGGGACGAUGGAAGCAACAGUGACCUUAAUAAAUUUCCAGAAUCAGAUCAACUCGUUCUUCACAAGUUUGUCAAAUUGUAUACUAAUUUUGUAAAAUUUUACAAUCCAACUCCUGAGAUCCAUCCACUUUUGGAUAACGUCAUCUGGCAACCAUCUGAACCAAAAUCGUUGAGAUUUCUAAAUAUUAAUAACACUUUAAGUAUGCAAGAAAAUCCAAGACAAUACAAGGAAGUUAACGAGAUUAUGGAAAAAUAUAUGCAACCACCUUUUGUAUUAUUUGGUUAAAUAAAUAUAAAUAUUUUUAAGGCA